AGUGCAAGUGAUGUAAUACGAAUUAACGAGCUCCCGGCUGUAUGUCCAGUAACUUUGAACAACUUGAACCAUCGCUGUUCACUGCCUUCGAGUAACUUUUAAAGUAAUAGGUGAUUUAUAUUACCAAGAUGCUACUUUGUAAUUUACUAAACAAAUAAUAUCGGUUUGCUAUCCUGUCGUUUGCUUUCUGCACAAAGUUACAGGAAUUUUGAAAAAAUAGAUAAAAAUUUCAAAUUUAAACAACGAAAACAAAAUGUUAUGACGUCAUCGCGCCGUGUUAAAUGUCAACGCCGAGUGAAAAACCAUCGAAAAAUUGGCCGUUAGAAUCUUUCCUGUAACGAAUGACUUUAAGCAGCGACUAAACAAUUGAUGUUUAGAAAUGUUUUCUUCUAAAAUUGAAACUUAACCUAUUUUGGAGGGUUUUUUUGAGAUUUAUUUUUAAUUUUUUUUUUUAUUACCUAUCAAGUGAUUUAAAGACAAUGGUUACCGUUUUCAUACUUUAUUUUAUAAUUUGCAUCUCCUUUAACAAAGUUUGUAUGGGAAACACCAGUAAUGGAAUUGUGAAGCGAGGCAAGUUUACUCGGGAUACUUGUGCCAAAGCCUGUGAUUCAGAAACGACAAUCAAAUGCAAAUUCUUCAACUUUGACAAGCAAUCAGGGAAGUGUUACCUGUCCUCCACCAUUCACCUUAAUAUGCAAGUUUCGGGCAGAUCAAGAGACAAAAGUGCAGGAGCAGCCAUAGAUGUCACUACCGAAACUAAAGACUACAAUAAGUUGUACAAAGGAAUGAGUGAGGGCACCCAGCGUAAACUUGAAGCUCUGCAGAGUAAAGUCAAUCAGCUGAGAGAAGACAUAGAAGAUUUUGAUGAAAUUCGACAAAAGGUCAGUGAGAUGCGAUUGGAGGCUGAGAAGGCAUCAAAGACAAAAUCUCAAAUAAUCGAUGAGCUACAAAACAGUAAAGUGCAGCAAGAAAUGGAGAUGAACAAACUGAACCGAAAAGUAGAGAGCCUCAUUUUGAACAUGGAAAAAACAAUGGCUGAUGUUGCAGCCUUCAAGAAGACUCAGUUCAAUUUUGAAAAGAAACAAUCACAGAUCAAACAUAUGUUAAGUGAUCUGACUGCACAGAUUGAAAACAUCCAAGAUAAGACAUCUGUAAUUCCAGUAGAAUUGAAAAAUGUAAAAAUAGAAUCCGAUAAUUUGAGCAAGGGCUUGGCUGAGAUUAACAUGCGAGACAAAACGCUGCAACAUAACUUGGAAACUAUCAAACAAGAAGUUUUGUAUGCACGUCAGAAGCUGGAACCAGAAAUAAAGGCAGUACGAAAGACACAAGAGAGUCUGAUAGAGGACUUGACGCAUAUCCGUAGCAACAGUGAUGUGCACAACAAGCAGUAUUCAGAACUGCAGAUGAAUGUCAGACAAAUUGCAGAAGAUGCAACAGAGGCCAUUAGCAGCAUGAAGACCUUGAAAUCACAGACAGUAAAUAAUCUGCAGCUUAUCAAGAAUAUUAAGCUGGAAUUGAACAAACUAAAGGAUCCAGAGUCUCGAAUAAACCUGAAGAUUGAAGCUGAGCGAAAAGAAACCAGACAGGAUAUCGACAUGUUGAAGACACAGUUGAAAGAAGAACAUACUCGCUCCUUGAAUACGGCCAAUGAGAUGGAGAAAAUCAUUAAAUCUUUAUCAUCAGUUACCAUGAUGCAAAAUGACAUUAAAGCACAGUUAGAGGAGAUGUCAUUAAAAGUGAGCGAUCUGCAGAAUGACAUCAGCACUUUGAAGAUAUCACAGGGACCGAUUUCGAAAAUCAAAGAAAUUGAAAACAAACAAGAACUUUUGCAGACAAUGUUAAACAGUGCCAUGAAACAGAUUGAAGAGAACAAGAACAACCAGUUAUUGUUCAGUGCCUCACAGACUCCAAACCUUCAGAGAGAUGUUGUUGAUAAACUGGCUAUGCGUAUCAACGAAUUAGAGACAAGCUUUGGGGAAAUGAAGAAUAAUCAGAAAAAUAUGAAACUGGGACUUCAUUUGAAAACCAGAGUUAUCCACAAACCACAAGCAAAGAAGGGAAAAUAUCAACACAAGAAAGUGGAGAUUAAACAUACCUCUUGGCAAGCUCCUCCACCACGAAAUGAAGGUAAUUAAAGAACAUCACGGCCCUCAAUGGAUAAAAAUGCUCAGAUGAGGUUUGGAACAAGAACUUGACCAUUUUCUGCCUCAUUCUCACUUUAAUUAAUUAAUUUGAUUGAUGAUUUACCAAUUAAAGAUUAAAAUAUUUGUGUGUAACUCA